AGUACAAACCCAACCACAUGAGAUCGACUGCUCAGGAUAUCAUCGCCACUAAAAUCUAAUAAAUAUAUUUUGGCAAUUUAGAAAAAAACCAGAAAAAGAAAGCCAAUGGAUUGGAAAUUUCAGAGUAAAUAAGAGACUCUGUUUCCUUCUGUCUCUGCCCCAGCGCGAGAAAUUUGCUCGCUUUUUCACUUCAAACCCUCUGUCUUCACUCAGCAAACAGUAGAAGAAAAUAGGAAUGUCAAUUUGCUGCUUCUGAUCUUCAAAUCCCACAGGACUAAUCUUACACAGAGAGAGAGAGAGAGAGAGAGAGAGAGAGAGAGUGGGUGGGGUUACUUCAUCCAUGGCUGCAAAGUUUGCCUUUUUCCCACCCAACCCACCAUCCUACAAGGUAGUUAAAGACGAAGCCACUGGUCUCUUGCUUAUGGACCCUCUUCCUCAUCGUGAAAACGUCGACGUUUUGAAAUUUCCCACUCGCCGCGGCAAUGAGAUCGUGGCCGUUUAUAUACGCCACCCAAUGGCCACCUCUACCCUGCUGUACUCUCAUGGCAACGCCACUGAUAUCGGUCAAAUGUACGAGCUUUUCAUCGAAUUGAGCAUUCACCUCCGCGUCAAUCUCAUGGGGUAUGAUUACUCUGGCUAUGGACAGUCAUCAGGCAAGCCAAGUGAACAUAAUACUUAUGCAGAUAUUGAAGCUGCAUAUAAGUGUCUCGAAGAGAGGUAUGGGGCUAAGCAGGAAGACAUAAUCCUCUAUGGUCAGUCUGUUGGAAGCGGUCCUACUGUUGAUCUUGCUGCCCGUUUGCCUCGACUGAGAGCAAUUGUUUUGCACAGUCCUAUAUUAUCAGGUUUAAGAGUCAUGUAUCCUGUGAAGCGCACGUACUGGUUUGAUAUCUAUAAGAACAUUGAUAAAAUCCCUCUGGUGAAAUGUCCUGUGCUGGUAAUACAUGGAACAGCUGAUGAAGUUGUCGACUGCUCACACGGCAAGCAACUUUGGGUACUAUGUCAAGAGAAAUAUGAACCUCUAUGGCUAAAAGGCGGAAGUCACUGCAAUUUGGAACUGUAUCCAGAAUACCUUAGACAUCUCAAUAAGUUCAUAUCAACUGUUGAAAAAUCACCUUCCCGAAGGAUUAGUUCUAGAAAAAGCACAGACCAUAGGAAAAGUACGGACCGCAUCGAACUUCCUAGGAGGAGUGUUGAUUUUUUUGAGGCUCCAAGGAAGAGUACUGAUCGGAGAGAGAAAUCAAGGAAGAGCACUGAUAGACCUGAAAAGCUGAAAUUUAGUGAAUACAAGUUUAAUAACGUUGACAAGGUAGAUAAGUUUAGAAUCUCUGCUGACCAGAUAGAGAGGUCACGAAGAAGCGUGGAAUACCAUCACGAGAAAUCUAGGAGAAGCAUUGACCAUCAGCCGGUAAAAGUUUGUAUUGGGUUGGGAUAAAGAAACAUAGAACAAGUGGGGUUGGGAAAUUAUUUGGGAUCUAACUUAAGGUUGUAGAGUUUGUGGUUUCAGCAAAAGUUUGUGGUUUCAGGAUGUGUAUCUUUGUUAUUUUAUGUAACUUUGUCAUGGCUUGUAGAGUUUUAAUGUGUUCUUUUGGGUGUCUUUGCCCCUUGAUUGUUAAUGAAAGAACUCUAACCUCUUUGUUUCUCAUCAUUGAAAGGAAAUGAAGCGCAUGGUUCACAAGGGGAACUGUAGAAAA